UAAGAUUGGCCCUGGCAAGGUAAAACCGUCUGCUUUUGCUGUUACCCAUUGCUUGCUAAUUGUUCAACUUUACCUUUUUUUGUGUCUUGCAUUUUUUUCAGUUGACUUUAUUGAUUUCGUUUGUUUUUUUCCUGAUGGUUCUUCAUCAUGACAAUUUAUAACUUCUAACAAUCGACUGUGUUGAUUGUGAUUUGUAUUAGUUGUGUGACAACAGUUGAAGGUACAAGAAAAGAGAGGAGAUAAAAAGAGAAAAGAAAACAACUUUAUUUUCUUUUUAUUUAGCUUCUCACCAACAUUCACCAACAACAAAACCUUCACCAUCAUUUUUACCUUCUCUACUUUUUUGUUUGUUUCUUACCUUUUAUUGAAUACUCAAAUCAUCAUGGUUAUUACAGAUUCUCUCGUAAUCUUAUCUACAUUCUGGUAUUAUUCAACUCAUUACAUUAAUGUUAUCAACUAGUGGACCCUUGAUUAAUCUUUAUACAAGCUUGUAACAAACAUAUCUGGUUCCAUCAACUAUUCAAGUAAUAAGCCGGUAUCGUUUUGGUAACUCAUUUCAACUUGUCCUGUUAUUGGAUCCUCAUUUCAAGAUUAUAAAUAUUUUUCAACUUUUUUGGUGAUUUAGUUUUCCUAUUCUAUCUCGGUGUCUACUAUAUCGUCUACUAUGAUUUUGAACAGAUUAUCUUCACCGGUGUCAACUUACCUUUUUUUGUUUGACUAAUCUAUUAGUGUUGUCUCAACUCAUAACCCGGUUUUACCUUCUACUCGUCUUUUCUUAAGUUGGAAAAAAUCACCAUAAGUUAUCAAUGGAAAGAACUAAAAGAAUUGCUGCUUUCAUCACAUUUUUCAUUUGUAUUAUUGCCCUUGCUCUGUUGACUGGUUCCUUGGCUACCAAUAAAUGGAUUACAUCGAAGCCCGAAAGGAUCAAGUUAAAUAAUGUACCAGAUCAUAUUCGUAAUCAAAGUGUACAAAAUGAUGAGAGAAAAUUUAGAGGUGAAAUCCAUUUUGGAUUGUUCCAUGGAACUAAAAUACUCAACUAUGGUUUUGGAGACCGAACCAAUACUAUUUGGAUUAAAGAAGAGUUGAUGAAAAAUCCAAGUUUAAUGCCUUUCGGAUUGUGGUUAUUUACAAUUCUGUCCGUCGCUAUCGCCAUUUUAUUUGGUAUUGUGAGCUUAAUAUUUUCAAUAAUCAAUACCGUUAUAACGCCAAUCGAAGUGAUCACCGGACUUCGUGGCCUAUUCCUUUGGAAUGGUUUCGGCGUUCUUUUUUCCGGUUCUGCAUGUUUAAGCUGGUUCCUUCAAUUCAAAAACAAAUUGAGUCGAAAUGUUCUUACCCAGGAAGAGAUAAACGAUGGUUGGAGCUCUGAGAAUCGAUCAAAAUUGGGUUACAGUUAUUAUCUGGUUCUCUGUGCCAUGGGAUUAUUUUUCCUCAACAAGUUUAUCGUUUUUAUCGCAGUAAAAAGGCCGCUUUUCCGUGGUAAAACCAGACUAUCGAAUGACAAGAACCCUGAAGGAGUCAUUAUGCUUUAUUGAAAUUACCCGUCAAAAUGAAUAUUUGGAUGGAAACAGAAUCUGAAUGGAGCAAAAUACAAAAUUAAAUAACCACUAAAUCCAAAUGGACUGAUUCCAAUGGAUUAACGUGUUAAUAAGAUUACUUUAAUACAUUUAUUCAAGCUUUAAAUACCAAUUGAAUUGGUACCAAUAGUUGAAGGAAAUGAAUCUCAUUUGAAUAAUUGAUUGAAAUUAAUCGUUAUUCUCUUAAUUCUACAAUUUUUGGACAAUUCCAUUUACCCUAAAGAUUGGACCAUUUUUUACUCAAGAAGGAUCAUCAUUUAUCAUUUCAUCGAUUAAUUGUUAUUUCCAAAUUGAUAUUUCAAUCAAUAGGGAAAUGCAAGAAUCUCAUCAGUCUCUUUCAUACACAAUUGACUUCAUUUUCAUCGUUUCGCACCAAUUUAGUUGCCAAAUUUUUUCGUAAAUCAUGUUGUUUAUCAUGACUUUUCAGCUGUAAUCAAAAUGUAAUUAAUUUUUCUUUACGAUCAUGAAAAUAAAAAGGCUUAAACUCACUGCUAAGCCAUAAUUAUCUUCAAGAAAA